AUGUCAUCACGUUAUGGAGAUCGACUAACAAACAUAGAUGAGGAAUCUGUUGAAGAUGAGAUGAUUGUGGAAGAACAAGACAUCGAAUGUACUCCUGGCAUGUGGGCCCAUCCAAUGGGAUUAUUUCGUUUUUUCCAUUUAGCAAUGUUCUUCCUUCUACAAUGGCUUGUUCAAAUCACAUGUGGUGGUGAUGCCUGCACUAUGAUAAUGAACGUAUUCGGAUACACUGCACUUGGUCAAGUUUUUGUUUUAAUCAUCUUCUUGGCUCUCUCUCUCUUCUGUACUAUUGUUCUGCUUUUGUUCUCCUUAAAUGGUCAUAGGGCAAUGAGAGGACUCACACUUGCCCUGGAGAAAGUAUAUGCCUUACUUGGAGUCGUAUUGAUGUUCAUCUGUGGAUUGUUGGGAACCUGGAUGGCUGUGCUUACAGGGGACCCAGAGGUUAACUACCAAGGUAGAGGAUUAGGGCAUAUUAGAGGUCAAUGGAUUGCAGCUGCCGUUCUUGAGUUCUUAAUGGUCAUUGUUUACAUCUUUGAUUUGGUCCUACAACGAAGACCAGCCUAUCCUUUUGGAGUCUCAAACUAUGAGAGUGAAGCUGCAGAGAUCACAACUAAGAUCAAUCGAGCUGUACCCAUUGGAACACGAUUCAAAUAUGAAGAACAAGAGUUGGAACAGACUUACCCUCCAAGCUUUUAA